UAACUGUAGCAUUGAGUUGAUAAAUGCCCUCAAUAUGUACGCUGUCUUUUUCAUCCUGCUGAUGCUCCAAGUUGAAUAUGCUGAGAACUUUGUGAUAACAACUGUUGCUGUUGGAGAAAAUGUGACUUUCUCUUGCAAACGACAUUCAUCUGGUGGUGUUGGAUCCCUCUUUUGGAUAAGAGUCAUCCCUGGAAAAAUGCCUGAUAUAUUAGGCUCAACAUUUAAUUUUGAUUAUCCUGCUUCAAACACAUAUUCUCGCAUUUCAACAAAACAAGAACCUGGGAGUUUUGUUCUUCAUUUAACAAACGCAAGGCUAAGUGACACAGCAUUUUAUUUUUGCUUAAGGACGCAACAACACCACCUUACUUUCCUGAAUGGAACAUUUCUCAGAGUAAAAGAAUCAGAACCUGAUGUUACUGCAGUCACUCAAGACUCUUUAUCUGAUGCAGUUUAUGAAGGGGAUUCCGUGAGUCUGCAUUGUUCAGUUCUCUCUUACUUAGAAAAGAAAACAUGUCCCGAGGAACGCAAAGUGUUCUGGUUCCGAGUCUCUUCACCACAAUCACAUCCCAGUUUAAUUUAUGCUCAAAAUGAGGGUGAUGGUAAAUGUGAAGAAAAUCCCGAGUCUCAGUCUGGACAGACUUGCGUCUUUAACUUUGUGAAAGACAACAUCAGCUCCUCCGACACUGGAACCUAUUACUGCGCUCUGGCUGCAUGUGGGAUGGUAGUUUUUGGAAAUGGCACGAAACUGGAGUUUAAAGAGAAGUGA